GAAAUCAGAAACGCGCCGUAUACGGUAGUGCCGCUACUAGUCCAUGUGCUUCAACCGUGAUUUGACUAGACAUUAUUAAAGAAUUAUGGGUCGUCGUAGACCGACAUUACAAUGCAGACAGCAUAUUAAACCUGAAAUGAAACAAAAUGAGUUGUUCGAAAAGUAUUAUAAAAGUCUGGGAAUCGUUCCUGAGGAUGAAUGGGCAGAUUUCAUCAGCUAUUUGAAAAGAGAUCUGCCUAUCACAUUUCGGGUAACAGGAUUUCGAGAUCAAAACAAGGAAUUAUUACGACUUAUCAAACAAAAGUAUCGGAAAGAUAUAUCUGAGAUGCAACAUUAUAUGUGUGAUGAAAAAGAUCAGACUAAUGGUACUUUUGAAUCAUUACCUUGGUAUCCGAAUGAAAUGGCGUGGCAACUGAGUGUCAGUAAAUAUGCGGUUCGCAAAACAGAGGAACUCCGGACGUUGCAUCAAUUUCUGGUGUCUGAAACAGAGUCAGGUAACAUCAGUCGUCAAGAGGCUGUGAGUAUGCUACCUCCGCUUCUUUUAGAUGUGCGCUCACACCAUACAAUCCUUGAUUUAUGUGCUGCACCUGGGUCCAAAUCUGCACAACUCGUUGAAUUGCUACAUUCUGAUGCAGAAGCAAUUCAAUCGAGAAUUGGUGUUGAAAAUGCGCCAAAGUAUGUUGAACCUACAGGAAUGGUUAUUGCGAAUGAUUUUGAUCAGAAAAGAUGUUAUAUGAUGGUUCAUCAAGUGAAACGUUUACAAAGCCCUUGUGUUGUGAUAACUCAAGAGGACGCUACAUGCUUCCCACGUCUGUAUAUAACUCUAUCACCAGAUGAAAAGACUAGUCAGAAAGAUUUGCGCCAACUAAUGUUCGAUCGUGUUUUAGCAGAUGUACCAUGCAGUGGAGAUGGAACGCUUCGCAAAAAUCCUGACCUUUGGUUACGAUGGUCGCCUAAUCUGGGUAUUGGUGAACAUCCUUUACAAUGUAGAAUCCUAAAGAGGGGUUUGGAGCUUUUGCGCGACCCAGUUGGAGAUUCUACAAGCUAUCCUCGACUAGUUUACUCUACUUGUAGCUUUAAUCCUGUCGAAAAUGAGGCUGUUGUGGCCUCAGUGCUACACGCGUGUCAGGGAGCUGUUCGGUUAAUCGAACCGGAUCUUUUGGAACGAAUAUUACCAGAUUCUUUUGAAAACAAGGAUUCAAGUAGACGAAAAUUUAAAUUCAGACCAGGUUUAAGCGAUUGGCGUAUCAUGGACAAAAAAGGAGUUUGGUUUACGUCAUAUGACGAAGUCCCCACAGGCCAGCGGAAUUACAUAUGCCCUUCCUUAUUUCCUCCAUCUAAUGUAUCAGAUCUACAUUUGGAACAUUGUAAACGUGUUUUACCUCAUGAUCAAAACACUGGUGGGUUUUUCAUUGCUGUUCUAGAGAAAAUUGCACCAUUACCUUGGAUGAAUGCUACAAAGCGAGAGGUUUCUGUAAGUAGUAGUCAAAUCAACCAACCAGACAAACAGCUUGAACCAAAAGAUGAUUCAGGACCUCCAUGUGUUGCUAAAAAAUCACGUAUCUUUCAUGAAAAUGGAUUGACUUAUAUAGAUUCUACUUUGGAUCCAAUUUGGUUAACAAUUCGUGAUUAUUAUAAAAUAAAGGAUAAGUCAUCUUAUAAUGGUGAAUCAUCUUUGAUAUCAUUUUGUGCAGAUAAUCUACUUUCACGUUCUGGUGGGGAAGGAAAUCGCUGUCGAUUUCUCUACUAUACAAAUAGUGUUGUCAAAAAUAUGGUAUCGACAAAUAAGGAAAGAGGAUUGAAAAUAGUCAACACUGGUGUCCGAAUAUUUUCCUCAGUUGAAGAUAAACAAUUUGAAGGAUAUCGUUUAUUACAAGAUGGAAUUGAAGUAGCUGAUGCUUUUAUACCCUUAUCAAGCGGUCGUCGUGUUCGUCUCACGUCAAAUGAAUAUUGUGAUUUAGUGUUACUUUUAAAGUAUGAGAUGCCAUUGUUAAGUCUUAUGACUGAAUCAACUCGUCGUCAAUGUGAAAAUCUAUCACCUGGUCCAAUUUUAAUUGAUUACACACCUAAUGUUACUGACUUCAUAAGUGAUGAUGAAUCGUGGACAUGUGAUAGUUUACCUCGUUGCAGACUUGUAUUUUCUGGUUGGCGUGGAGCUAAAAGCAUACGACAUUAUAUCGGACGUUUUGAACGAUUACAUUUCAUGAGACUAGCCAACAUUGAACCUAGUCCGUGUAUCAUGGGACACACCGCUAAGGAAUUAGUAGCUCACGUAAAUUCUGAAUUCAAUGAAGAUGUUGAAUGAUUGGUUCAUUUGUACACUAUAUCUGUGAUCAAUGUUAUGUACCAAUUUUUACUAAUCAAGAUACACGAACUUAUGGAAAUAAAUCUAGAGAUGUUUUUUAUCUUUAUAUGAGAUUUAUUAUGAACAAAGGUCUCUGCUUGAUA